AGUACUUUCAAAAAAAAUAAAAAAUACCCAAAAUGCAUGGUAUUUUAAAUGGAAAAAAUGGAGAUAUUGACUGUGUGGCCAACACCAACGGAUAGAUGGCUUCUUCUCCCUCCAAUUGCUUCAUUGCUGCUCCUUCUCACUCCCUCGCACCUUCAAUCCGCCCUCUUCACAAACCCUUCAACCUUAAUCUUCCUCACAGAACAACUACUCUCAGAUUCUCCUGUAUACAACGUAUCAGAGCUACUCUCGAUGACGGGGCCCAAAUCUCCAGCGCGCCAUCAGUUCUCGUUGAGGAACAAACACAACUCGAUAAGGAAGUAGAGGAGUGUGUAAGAGUGCUUAAGAAUGCAGCCAAGACAAGAAAAGUUCCACAAGAAGAGAUUCUGAAUGCUUUCACUGUGAUUGAGAAAGCAAAGCUCGAUCCCUCCAGGUUCCUUCAAACUCUUGGAGGAACGGAGUCACCAGGAAGGACUUGGAUGCUUGUUUUUACUGCCGAGAAGAAGCUAGCACGUGGUAGAUAUUUCCCGAUCACAGCCAUUCAGAGGUUUGAUGCAGCCGGAAAGAGGAUUGAGAAUGGAGUUUAUCUUGGGCCUCUUGGAUCACUGACCUUUGAGGGCAGGUUAUCAUGGAAGAAAAGAAUACUUGCAUUCAUAUUUGAAAAAAUCCGGAUAAAAGUAGGCCCUCUUAAUCCAUUUGAGGUUAGUUUUAAAGGAGAUGAUGAAAGGGAGCCAAACAAUUCAGAUCCAUUUUUCAUUUGGUUCUAUAUUGAUGAGGAAAUUGCUGUUGCCCGUGGCAGAAGUGGGGGAACUGCGUUUUGGGUCCGCUGUAAACGUGUUGCCUACUGAUGCAUUAUACUUCUAGGUUUCUUGCUGUAUAGAAAUAACCUGCUAAGAUACAUUUUCUAUCUUACUAAAGUUUUUUGCAUUAGUUCAUAAAAGAGAAAUGCAAGUAGAAGAUUAAAUC